AUGGCCGCGUCCAUCCCUGCCGGCUUCCAGGCUCUUCCCCUUCCUAUAAUCCAGCUCUCCCUUGCUGCAGUACUUAAAUGCGGCCAAUCCUUUCGCUGGUCAAUCUUGGAGUUGCCAUCAGACUCAGCCGCGUCUGCGUGCCACCUCCCCCACGAAUACCGUCUCUGCCUGAAAGACCGUGUCGUAUGCCUGAGGCAAUCCACUGACCACCUCUUCUACUGCUCUGUCUUCCCGCAAGCUACACCCACGGACACCGCAUCGAAGCUCAAGGACGCGGAGACCUUGCUUUGGCUAAGGGACUACUUCCAGCUAGAUGUGGACCUGGUGAAGCUAUACCGUGAAUGGGCUGAGCGGGACCCUGUGUUCUUGAAGAUACAGGAUAGAUUUGCGGGCAUCCGUAUGUUGCGCCAGGAUCCUUGGGAGAACCUCGUCUCAUUCAUCUGCUCCUCUAACAACAACAUCAGCCGCAUCACCAAGAUGGUGCAAAACCUCUGCAGAGAAUACUCCCCUCCCCUGCUCUCCCUACCCAACGCGCUUGGCGAGCUAGAGACCUAUCAUCCAUUCCCUCCGCCCUCUGCUUUAGCUGAACCAGAGGUGGCGACACGCUUGCGCGCACUUGGCUUCGGCUAUCGCGCGGACUUCAUUCACAAGACGGCGAAGAUGCUCGUCGAUGCGCACGGGGAAGAUCCUGCGGCUGCAGACCGGUGGCUGGGCGGGUUGCGGACCAGAUCGACGAACGAGGCUCGGGAAGAGUUGCUGAAGUUCAUGGGCGUGGGGAGGAAGGUUGCCGAUUGCGUACUGCUUAUGAGUUUGGACAAGCGCGAAGUCAUCCCUGUCGACACGCACGUCCACCAGAUAGCUGCCAAGCACUAUGGCUUGAAGGUGGGCGGGAAGUCAACGAACGGCAAAGUCCCUAUGACGCCGAAGAUCUACGACGAGGUGAACACCAAGCUCGUCGGCAUCUGGGGAGAGUAUGCUGGUUGGGCGCACUCGGUGCUCUUCACAUCUGAUUUACGUGCCUUCGCAAUGUACGGGCUUGAAACGCCCACGCCAACGAAGGGGAAGGCGCUACUCGAUGCCCCAUUGCCAACACCGCCUAUCACGCCUUCCCCGGCGCCCGCUGGUAGGAAAACGAAGCGGAAGGCAGUUGACGAAGUACCUGCGCCAUCCGACUACUUCGCCGUCAAGACAGAAGAGACUUCGGCGUCUUUGGCAGAGGACUCUUCGCUAUCACUGGCCGAGCGCAUCAAGACGAGGAAGCGCAAGCGUGUCGAGCGAACCUAA